AUGGCAGGCCUAGCGUCCACGAGCAAUGCGGCACCCACUGCGCGUCCCCAGCGCCAGAUCCUCCUCUGUUCCGAUAGUACGACUAUGCCAUAUGGCAAAAGCAGUUUAAUCCAAGGAUGGGGCUACUAUAUGCACAACUUCUUCGACCUGAACAUCACCAAUCUCGCGCGCGGAGGGCGCAGCACCCGCUCCUUCAUCAACGAAGGGCUCUGGGCGUCGCUGCUUGAGCGCAUCGUCCCCGGCGAAGGCACAUUCGUCCUCAUCGAGAUGGGCCACAACGACAACGGUGACCCGAGGACUGACGUAAAGAAUCGAGCUACACUCCCCGGUAUCGGACCCGACAGCGUCGUCGUGGCUAGUAAUGCCACGGGAGGCACAACAGAAACGGUGUACACAUUUGGCCACUACCUCCGGAAAAUGAUCAGUGAUGUGCGGCAGGCUGGUGGUGUUCCGAUGCUGAGUGGGAUGGUCCCGGUUAUGUCCUGGACGGGGGAUGUCCUUCGACGUGACUGGCCUUUUGCAGAUUAUGCGCGUGAGGUGGCCGAGGAAGAAGGGGUGGAGUAUAUCGAUCACACGAAAUAUGCGGCGAAUCGCUGGCAGGCUUUCGGUUCGGUCAAUGCUACCAUGCCCUAUUACCCGCUAAAUGACUAUACGCAUACAAGCUGGCCAGGAGCUGAAAGUGUGGCCGUUCGCACUGGAGGAAGUCGCAAUUGGCUCGCUAUCUAA